CAGAUCAGAGGCGCUGGAUAUCGUCGGGGGAUGUGGCGCGCUUUGCAACGCUUUAUAGCUGUUUACAGCGAUGCGAAGGCGUUAAUAGGCGCGCGGAAGUCGUACAAGUAACAGCGUAGACAUACAAGCAACAUGAGACAAUCGAUCAGCGUCGUGUUUGCGCUUUUAUGCGUUUUGUGCUAUUCUGCGUCUUGUCUCGCCGUCAAGUUCUCGAAUUGUGGUUCAACAUUGGGCACAUUUACGAAUGUAUCGGUCUCAGGAUGUCAAGCGUCGGAUGAAAAAUGUGCUUUAGUGCGCGGUACUAACGCAUCAAUAUCUAUUAACUUCAUACCGAACAAGAACAUCACGCAAGUCUACGUACGUGUAUAUGGCAUAUUGCUUGACAUUCCAAUACCUUUUCCUUUUGAUAAACCUGAUGUAUGCAAGGAUCUUAAUGAUGGAGUCGCUUGUCCUCUGCACAAGGAUCAAGAGUAUCAUUACACAACUUCAUUGCUUGUGCAGAAAAAAUUCCCUUCGGUGAAUGUGAAUAUUAAAUGGGAGCUCGUGGACGAGGAUGGAAAAAAUAUAGUAUGCAUUGAAUUUCCAGCCAAAGUUAAGUAAGUCAAAGAACUCACAAUUCUAAAUUAAAAAAUUAAAGAAAUUACUUUACUAAAGUGAGUUUGUGCCAAUUCCAAAAUAAAAAAUAUAUCGAUAUAUUAUUUAAACUUAAAUAUUAUAAAUAUGUUAAAAUGCAUUUGUAAGGAAAAUAAAUAAAGCAUAACAAAA